CUCUGAAAAUAAUUUAAAUAGGGCCACUAAUCUAUUUAUUGAAACUACUAUGCGUAUUAUUAAAAAUAAUAGUCAGCUAAUUAGAGCUCCUAGAAGUAAAUUCAUCAUAAAACCUUGGAUUACCCUCGGCUUAUUAAGAUGUAUUAGAAAUAGAGAUUUGAUGCACAGUAAACAAAGACUACUCCCCAAUAAUGAAACUCUUAAGGUUACAUACAAGAGGUAUAGAAAUUUUUGUAAUAAACUUCUCAAAAAACUAAAACAACAAUAUGAACGUGACCAACUCAACAUGGUUAAAAACAACUCUAAAAAACUAUGGACCACAAUAAAAUUAGUUACAAAUUUAAAUAAACAAAAAGAAUGUCCACAUGAACUCCUAGCAUCCGGAAAUUCACCUAUAUCCUCCACUGAUGUAACUAACCAUUUUUUCGCCAGUGUAGGUAAACACCUUGCCGAAAGUAUCCCACGUAAUAUUACCCCUUUUGAAAAUCUUUGGUCUACCUCUAGCACACUACCAAACUCGUUUGUUUUUCUUGAAACCGAUUGUGAAGAGAUUGAGCGAGAGAUUACUAAUCUUAAAACAGACUGCUCUCCAGGCUGGGAUGGUAUCUCGUCUAAGAUUUUAAAACAGAUCUCACCUUUUAUUACUCCUGUUCUUACCAACAUUAUAAACCGCUGUAUUAGUACAGGCACAUUUCCCGAAGCUUUUAAAAAAUCCAUUGUCCAUCCAAUUUAUAAGGCCGGAGAUAAACACUGCGCCAAUAACUACAGGCCUAUUUCUAUACUUACCUCUCUCUCUAAAGUAUUUGAGCGCAUUAUCAACAAGAGACUUGUCGGCUUCCUGGAAACCAAUAGCAUUCUUGCUAGAUCACAGUACGGUUUCAGAAAGCACAAAUCCACGGAUGAUGCCGUCCAUGAUUUCACAGACUUUUUAUGCUAUAUAAAUGAACUCUGUCAGGUCCAAAUACCAAACUGUAACAUAAUCGCAUAUGCGGAUGAUACAACUCUUACAUUUUAUGGUGAUUCUUGGGAAGAUGUAUUUUCACUGGCACAGAAAGGCUUUGAUAUCGUUAAUCACUGGCUAGCAGCAAACUCGUUGACGCUGAAUACAGACAAAACGAAAUACGUACCAUUUUGUAUUCGAAAUACUACUUCUAAUUCUUGCUUAGAUUUUGAUUUGUAUGCCCAUAAAUGCUCCUUUCCUCCAACCGCUACCUGUAGCUGUGAUAAGAUUGAAAGAACACAAAAUAUCCGUUACCUUGGAAUUAUCAUUGACCAAAAUCUCUCCUUCUACCCGCAUAUACAGAGUUUGUCUCAAAAAAUUCGGAAGCUAAUCUUUGUCUUCAAACACCUAAGGCAUAUUGCUGAUUUCAAAGUUUUAAGAAAUGUAUAUCUGGCGUUGGCGCAGUCAUUACUAACCUACUGUAUUACCUCUUGGGGUGGUGCUGCUAAAAAUAAGCUAAUUAUAUUGGAACGAGCUCAAAGAUGUUUAUUAAAGGUUGCACUGUGCAAAUCUCGACUUUUUCCUACAUCCCAACUAUACCUAGAAGCGAAUGUGCUAACAGUGCGUCAACUGUACCUGCUAACAACGUUAAUUCGUCAACACGCAAUUACUCCUCCAUCCAGAGCUCCUUCCGUAUCUGACAACCGUAGACUUUUCACUAGUUGUGAUCACAAUAGGGCCAAUACUUCAUUUGCCCAAAAAUUCUUCCACUUUAGAGCCAGUCGACUAUACAAUGUUUUCAAUAAAAAGCUUAAUAUUGUACUCCUCUGUAAGCAGGAAGUAAAACAUGCAAUCACAAAAUAUUUAUUAAAAUGUACGUACGACGAAACUGAAAAAUUUCUUUUAAUUCAAACCUAGCACAUAAGGUGGUAUACAAAAUUCAUACAUAAACAAGCACGCGCAGAGACACUUCGACGUAAUAUCACGCAGGUACACACAUUCAUCACACUACCCCACACACACACACGCACACACACACACACACACGCAUG